AUGGGUUCAGUAAAUAGUCAUCUCAUGAAUUCAGAUCAUUCUGAAUCGUUACCACAACAACAAAGUACAAUUAUAAGUGAUAAUCCAAAAGUAAAUGAUUCAAAUACAAAAUUAAAUGAAUCCAUGAUUUAUACAAGUUUUUGGCAUCGAUUAUUUAGAAGAUCAAAAAGUUUAGACAGUGAAUCAUCACAUGUCAACUCACCUAUUAUAAAUGAACAACAGAAUAAAUUAAAUAUACAAUCAGAUCAUUUACAAAAUCAUAUUACAUAUCAACAUACUACUAAUAAACUACUUACAAAUGAUGAAACAAGCCUACCUAGACCAGUUUCCAUAGAAUAUAAUAAUGAUAAUACUACUACUACUACUGAUAAUAAUAAUAGUAGUAUGAAAAAUUACAAAAAAGUAUUUGAACGUAAACAUUUUACUGAAUAUGGACAUCAUCAAUUUCAAAUUACUUCGUUAUCUAGUAGAAAACAACGUUUAUUACGAAAUCAUCCAUCUUAUCAGCAUAAUACAACACCAAUGAAUAAUAUGCAUCAAUCUAUCAAUGAAAUACAAUACACUACUACUAAUACUACUGAUUCAGUGAAUAUAAGUAGUCAAAAAAAUUCCGAUAAAAUAAAUUUCAAUCCAUGUAAUUUAUUAAAAAGUGAAUCAAAAAGUCAAAAUUAUUUAGAUUUAGAUCAAUCUCCAAAAAUGCGUUAUGUACGUAAAUUGAAUACAUUUGCUAGUGUACCAGAUUUAACUAAAAAACCAAUACGUAGUGCACUAAAAGGAAGUCGUAAUAGCAGUGUACAUCGAUCAAUACAUGAACAUGAACAUGAAGAUGAACAUGUUACUAUGUCACCAAAUCCUUUAAAUUCUGAUUCAUUUUCAUUAACACCACCAACACCAAAUGAAAUGAGAUAUUUAUUCAAUGAUCAAUUAAAUGAUUUAUCCAAUACAAUCAUGAAUAUGAAACCAAUGAUUAAAACAAAUUCGAAAACAUUCAAUGAUUCAAAUGAGUUACCAAGUCAAUUAGAUUUAUCUAAUAAAAAUAAUCUUCACAUUGAAUAUAGUGAAUAUUCACCUGAAUUAAAACAAUUCAAUAAGAAUUAUUAUGAAUCAUUUCAAGAAGAUAAAGAAGAAGAAGAAGAAGAUCAUGAAGAUGACAUGAAGAAUUCAAAGAAAAUGAAUAUGACAUAUGAUAAUGAAACGAAUGAUGAUGAUGAUGAUGAUGAUGAUAUAAUUGAGAAUAACAAUAUGAUAGAAGAUGAUAAUGAAGAGAAUGUUGAUUCAAAUGCAUUAACUCCACGAUUUCAUUCAAAACUCUUGAGACGCGAUAGUAUGGAAUGUUACCUUGAGACAAACAAAAAACAUGAUGUAUGUCAUGAAAGGGAUCAUCCUCUUUCCGAUCUUAUUGAAGAUGUGAUAAACGGAAAACAUUCUUUUGGUGAUUCAACGAAUAAAACGACUGAUUUGGUAGAGGAGGAAGAAGAAGAAAAUACGAAUGAUGAUGAUGAUGAUGACGAUGACUGUGAAACCGAUGAAAAUAGUGGCGAUUCCUUGUCCAAUUCAAUAAAAGAUGAGUACUCACCCAAACCUUUGAUAACUGAAGUACUUUCACCGUCCUUAUGUGCCAGUGGUUAUGGUCCAGUUGGGCACUUGUUAACAAGAUGGUUACCUCAAAGACAUUUCUGUGAAUUAUUAAUUGGAAGCAAUGAAAGUCCAGAUACUUCAGAAGAGGCUAAAUGGUUAAGAAGAAAGGAGUUAUUAAAAGAACUUGCUAGAACUUCAUCUAUCUAUACAGAAGGUAUGACACAAGAAAUGUUUAUGUUAAGAUUUUCCGAAUUCGUUGAAGUACAAGAAUUGGAACCAUGUGAUCGAAGUGCUGAUAAACCAUGGAUAAGAUUAACAUCAAAAGAUAAAGCACAGAUUCGUAGGGAGUUAAAUGAUUACAAAAUGGCUGAAAUGGAUGUACAUCAAGACAGUCGACAAUUCACCAGAUUUCAUCCACCGUAA